AUGCAAGUGAAUAAGGCUCUCUUGGCAAGUUCUGUUGUGUUCUCAAUAAUUUCAAAACCAACCUAUAAAAAAGUAAACUACGUAUAUAAUACUAAUAAAAAGAAUAAUUACAAGUUUAUGCGGAAAGGAAUACUGGGACUAGGUUUGUUUUGGUCAAAAUCUACGAGUAAUACUUCAAAUGAAAUACAGGAAGAUGUUAACAUAUGCUUAGAAAAAGCCGACAAGGAAUUUGACAACGGUCAUUACGAAGAUUGUUACAACACACUAAUUAAAAGUAAGUUUCAAAAUGAUGUAGACGUUAAUUGGCGUAUUUGUCGAGUUCUAUAUACUAUGGCAAAAGAUUCAAAAUACGACCAAAGUUAUAAAAAAGAUCUUAUAAAACAAGCAUAUACAAUUAUUGCUUAUGAAUUGCCUAAGUCUGGGGAUUGUUCAGCAGUUCAUAAAUGGUAUGCUCUAAUUUUGGACGCUAAAACCAGUUUUGAAGGAUACAAAGAAAGAAUUAAACACUUGGAAAAAAUAAAGGAACAUCUGGAUUUUGCUGUGGCUUUAAACCCAAACGAUGCAACAACCUUGCACAUGCUAGGGGAAUGGUGUUAUCAACUUUCUGAAAUGCCUUGGCAUCAAAGAAAAACAACAGAACUUUUGUUUUAUUCCCUUCCCAAGUCCAGCUAUGAAGAUGCGCUUGAAUAUUUUUUAAAAGCCGAAUCAGUUCAUCCACGGUUUUACAGUAUAAAUUUAUUGAGACUAGGUAGCUGUUACCUAAAAUUGAAUAAGGAAGAUCAAGCUAAGUAUUAUCUUCAAUUAGCUGCUAGUUACCCAGCUAAAUCAAAUGAAGAUCACCAAGCAAAUAAGGAGGCAACAGAAUUGUUAAAGAAAUUAAAAUGA